AUGACCUCCGCCACCUUCUACCCAAACUUCACCUCCCAAUCCAUCUCCACAAGCUCCGAUAUCUCAAUCCAUACCCUCACAGGACCCAAAAAUGGCCCUCCUCUUCUUCUCGUCCAUGGUUUCCCACAAACACAUCAUAUAUGGCAUUUGGUUACGCCGCAUUUGGUUGAUCGCUUUUCACUUGUGUUGGUGGAUUUGAGGGGGUAUGGGGAGAGUUCUAAGCCGAAGGGUAGUGAGGAGCAUAAGGAGUAUAGUAAGAGUACUAUGGGCUUCGAUCUUCUAGCCGUAAUGAAGCAUCUCGGCUAUCCGCAAUUCUCAAUCCUAGCCCAUGACCGCGGCGCCCGUGUCGCCCAUCAACUCGCCAUAGAUCAUCCAGAAGCCGUGACAAAGCUUAUGCUUCUAGAUAUUCUCCCCACUCUAACCAUGUACAAAUUAGGAAAACACACCUGGUAUCAAAAAUACUGGCACUGGCCUUUCCUCUCGCAACCUUCUCCCUUCCCCGAACAAGCAAUUCUGGGGAAUCCUAACCUUUUUUCCGAGAAAUUUCUAGGGAAAGGUGGAGUGGGCAAAGGAUUUGUCAUGGAUGCGAAAGCUAGAGAGGUGUAUGACGGAUUGUUGAGAGAUGAAGAGGGUGUACAUGGUAUGUGUGAGGAUUAUAGGGCUGGGGCGUCGAUUGAUCUUGAAGAGCAGAGAAGAGAUAGGAAAGAGGGAAAGAAGACUCAAUGUGAUGUUUUUGUGGUUUGGGGUGAGAAGGGUGCAUGCGGAAGUGAGUUUGGGGAUGUAGUAGGGCUCUGGGAAGAGGUUUGUGGAGGAAAGGUGGAGGGUGUUGCGGUGAAUGGGGGGCAUUAUAUUCCGGAGGAAUGCCCGGAGGAGUUGGUGAAGUUGGUUAAGAAUUGGUUUUGA